CCAGCUGCGCGGGUGGGAAAUCCAGGGAGCUCUUCCUGCUGCCCGCCCUGCUCUUCCUGCACGGUGACCUGCGUCCGCCGCCCGUGAGGGAGACUUCCUUGCCGUCCUCCAGCCCGCCGUGAGCCUCGCUGCCGCGCCGCUGUGCCGUGUCCGCCCUGACCAGCCUGCUCGGUGCUGGUGACACGCGGUGACUGCUGCCAUGGACGUGCUCGCAGCUGAGCCGUCGCCCUGACACGGCCGCGGGCAGAGCAGCAGCUCUCCACCAGACCAUGUCCCUGCACAGUUGGACGCACAUCUGCAGCCGGUCAGAGGGCCAGAUGCAGUACAUACCACUGGAUCUGCUGAUUCACAUAAUAUGAUAAAGGAAAAGCCUCUAAUGGAAAGUAAACUUAAAGCAUUCAGUAUUGGCAAAAUGAGUGCUGCCAAACGGACACUGAGUAAGAAAGAGCAAGAAGAAUUAAAAAAGAAGGAGGAUGAGAAGGCUGCUGCAGAAAUUUAUGAAGAAUUCCUUGCUGCCUUUGAAGGAGGUGAUGGUAAUAAAGUGAAAACAUUUGUAAGAGGAGGAAUCGUUAAUGCAUCUAAAGAGGAGCAUGAAACAGAUGAAAAACGGGGUAAAAUCUAUAAACCUUCGUCACGAUUCUCCGAUCAAAAAAAUCAACCAAGUCAGCCAUCUAAUGAGAAACCUCCAUCCCUCCUAAUGAUAGAAACCAAAAAGCCUCCUUUGAAGAAAGGAGAGAAGGAAAAGAAAAAGAGUAAUUUGGAACUUUUUAAAGAAGAAUUAAAGCAAAUCCAAGAGGAGCGUGAUGAAAGACACAAAACAAAAGGUAGAUUGAGUCGUUUUGAACCACCCCAGUCUGAUUCAGAUGGGCAGCGGCGUUCAAUGGAUGCUCCUUCAAGAAGAAACAGAUCAUCUGGUGUACUGGAUGAUUAUGCACCAGGGUCACAUGAUGUUGGAGAUCCAAGCACAACAAAUUUGUAUCUGGGAAACAUCAAUCCUCAGAUGAAUGAAGAGAUGUUAUGUCAAGAAUUUGGCCGCUUUGGACCAUUAGCGAGUGUUAAAAUUAUGUGGCCAAGAACUGAUGAAGAAAGAGCAAGAGAAAGAAAUUGUGGCUUUGUUGCCUUUAUGAACAGAAGAGAUGCUGAAAGAGCAUUGAAGAAUUUAAAUGGCAAGAUGAUAAUGUCGUUUGAAAUGAAGCUGGGCUGGGGCAAAGCUGUACCUAUCCCACCACAUCCUAUCUACAUUCCGCCUUCCAUGAUGGAGCACACCCUGCCGCCGCCCCCGUCAGGACUGCCUUUCAAUGCCCAGCCUAGGGAGAGGUUGAAGAAUCCUAAUGCUCCAAUGUUACCACCACCAAAAAACAAGGAGGAUUUUGAGAAGACUCUGUCGCAAGCCAUAGUCAAAGUGGUUAUCCCAACAGAAAGGAAUUUGCUCGCUUUGAUCCAUCGAAUGAUAGAGUUUGUGGUUCGGGAAGGGCCCAUGUUCGAAGCCAUGAUCAUGAACCGAGAAAUCAACAACCCAAUGUUCAGGUUUUUAUUUGAAAACCAGACUCCAGCUCAUGUGUAUUAUAGGUGGAAGCUUUAUUCAAUUCUUCAGGGGGAUGCUCCAACCAAGUGGAGGACAGAAGAUUUCCGUAUGUUCAAAAAUGGAUCCUUCUGGAGGCCACCACCAUUGAAUCCAUACUUGCAUGGGAUGUCAGAAGAGCAAGAAACGGAAGCGUUUGUGGAGGAACCGAACAAGAAGGGUGCACUUAAGGAAGAACAGAGGGACAAACUAGAAGAAAUUCUGCGUGGGUUAACACCUCGGAAGAAUGACAUUGGUGAUGCAAUGGUUUUCUGUCUAAAUAAUGCUGAAGCUGCUGAAGAAAUUGUGGACUGCAUUACAGAGUCAUUGUCCAUCCUCAAGACUCCUCUUCCUAAGAAGAUCGCAAGAUUGUAUCUGGUGUCGGAUGUGUUAUACAACUCUUCAGCUAAAGUUGCCAAUGCUUCCUACUAUAGAAAAUUUUUUGAAACAAAAUUAUGUCAGAUAUUCUCUGAUCUCAAUGCUACUUACCGUACAAUACAAGGCCAUUUACAGUCUGAAAAUUUCAAGCAACGGGUGAUGACAUGCUUCCGAGCAUGGGAAGACUGGGCAAUCUAUCCAGAACCAUUUCUGAUCAAACUACAGAAUAUUUUCUUGGGACUUGUAAAUAUCAUGGAAGAUAAAGAAACAGAGGAAGUACCAGAUGAUCUUGAUGGGGCUCCCAUUGAGGAAGAGCUCGAUGGUGCUCCCCUAGAAGAUGUGGAUGGAAUUCCUAUUGAUGCUGCUCCUAUUGAUGAUCUGGAUGGAGUCCCAAUUAAAUCUCUGGAUGAUGAUCUUGAUGGAGUUCCUUUGGAUACAACUGAAGACUCAAAAAAGAAUGAGCCUAUAUUUAAAGUUGCCCCUUCGAAGUGGGAAGCAGUGGAUGAAUCGGAACUGGAAGCUCAAGCUGUUACUACUUCUAAGUGGGAGCUUUUUGACCAACAUGAAGAAUCUGAGGAGGAGGAAAUUCAAAAUCAAGAAGAAGAAAGUGAAGAUGAAGAGGACACACAGAGUUCUAAGUCAGAAGAACAACACAUGUAUUCAAAUCCUAUUAAAGAGGAAAUGCCUGACUCCAAGUCAUCAGUCAAAUACUCAGAAAUGAGUGAAGAAAAGCGUGCCAAACUCCGAGAGAUAGAGCUUAAGGUGAUGAAGUUUCAGGAUGAGUUAGAGUCUGGGAAAAGACCCAAGAAGCCAGGCCAGAGUUUUCAGGAACAGGUUGAACACUAUAGAGACAAGCUGCUCCAGAGGGAAAAAGAAAAAGAGAUGGAAAGAGAACGGGACAGAGACAAAAAGGACAAGGAAAAGUCUGAGACCAGGUCCAAAGAUAAGAAGGAAAAAGAGGAAUGUACACCAACACGAAAAGAGAGGAAGAGGCGGCACAGCGCCUCCCCCAGCCCGUCCCGCAGCAGCGGCAGCCGCCGCGCCAAGUCACCCUCGCCCAAAUCCGAACGCUCCGAGCGCUCCCACAAGGAGAGCUCCCGCUCCCGCUCCUCACACAAAGAUUCUCCCAGAGAUGUCAGUAAAAAAGGCAAAAGGUCGCCAUCUGGCUCCAGGACACCCAAAAGAUCAAGAAGAUCACGAUCCAGAUCCCCUAAAAAGUCAGGGAAAAAAUCCAGGUCUCAGUCCCGUUCUCCUCACAGAUCUCACAAGAAGUCAAAGAAAAGCAAACACUGACAAUGUUAAUAUUUUUUAUGAUGCUGUCACUUACUGGAAAUGCGGUUUUGUUUUUGUGCCUGAACAGUCUGUUUAAAAACAAAAAAGCAUUCCUGAUUUUUUUUUUUGUGAAUGCACGUGUAUACUCAUGAGUAUCGGCAUCUGUAGACCUGUCAUUGUUUUAUAUUGUACAAAAUAUCUUCAUUGUGACUAUUUCCCAAAAGAAACAUUUUUGUGUUUAGAAGUUUCAUCAGAAAUGUGUGUAACUGAUCUGCUGGCAGUAGUGAUAUUUUGUUUUUAGAAUGUUGUGACAUAGCAGAAAUAACCCAAAUGUUCCCCCUUUUUGUAGCUUUGACAAUUUGAAUUAGAUUUCAAAUAAAAUCUGAACAGAAAAUGAA